AUGUCUCCCCCGCCCCAAGCCCCCCGUCCCACCCAUUCAAGCAAGCCGAGUUUUGCAACAUCAGUCGAUACAUAUCUUAGCAAUGACAGUGCCUGGGAUUGGAAAAGGUUUUCUGCCAAUGCAGAUGUUGAGGCCCAACGUAAUCCACGGAUGAGUUUUGCUUCAAUACGAUAUCUGAUUUUCACCAUCUACCGCCGCCUGUUUUCCCUGGUUUAUUGCGCCAAUGCGGUCGCAUUCGUUAUCAUUAUGGUGGAGAGCCGACAGAAAAUUCUUGCAUUCGUCAAUGCAGCGGCCAUCAAUCUACUAGUAUGCGGGCUUGCGCGACACCCCCUGGUGGUGAACGCCAUCUUUGUGGGCAUCUGCAGUAUCCCACAGUCAGCUCCUCUCGUGCUGCGCAAAAGAGCCGCGGAAGCAUACCACUAUGGUGGCGUCCACAGUGGAUGCGGUGUCGCAGCCUUCCUAUGGUAUACCGGCCUCGUGGCUCUGAUAUCACGGGAAUAUUGGAUUGACGGCGACUCGGGGGUGAUCUCCGUCCCCGUCAUUGUCCUAUCCUAUGUUUUACUCGUCGUCCUCGUCGCCAUCAUUGUGAUUGCACAUCCUACAUUCCGGACAAAAAGACAUGACUAUUUCGAGCUUAUGCACCGAUUCUCUGGAUGGUUGGCAGUGGCUCUUUUCGUGGCUCUGCUGCUGGUGUUCUCUAACCAAGCCCGACAUGCGCAAGGCUUGUCUCUCGGACAAUACCUGCUUGAACUCCCGGCGUUUUGGUUCGUCCUGAUCAUCGUUAUCUCCAUCGUUCACCCUUGGCUCCUUCUCCGCCGCGUACAAGUUCGGCCAGAGUAUCUUUCACCCCAUGCUGUCCGACUCCACCUCGAUCACGCAUCUACUGCAUUUGGCAAAGUAAUCGCACUCACCAAGCAUCCGCUCCGGGAUUGGCACAGCUUUGCAACGUUCCCUGAUCCCGACGGCAAGAGCUUUUCUUGCAUAGUAUCCAAGGCAGGAGACUGGACCACCCGGUGUAUCGACCAGCAACCAACCCAGCUGUGGAAGCGCGGAGUGCUCAUGUACGGCUUCAUCCAUGUGAUGCGGGUUUUCCGCAGGGUGGUGGUGGUUGCCACGGGAUCCGGCAUAGGGCCAUGUCUCUCAUUUCUGAGCGAAAAGAAUCGGCCCCCACUACGACUGAUCUGGCAGACGCGGAACCCGAACCGGACGUACGGUUCUGACGUGCUCAACUUAGUGCGACGGCUCGAUCCCGACCCACUUCUCAUCGAUACCGGCAACAGCGGGCGAGUGGAUAUGGUGCCAAUUGUCCAAGAACUCGUCCGGGAAUUUGAUGCGGAGGCCGUGUGUGUGAUCAGCAACCCGCGGCUCACGAAAAAAGUAGUCUUUGAGCUCAAGGCAAGCGGAGUGCCUGCCUUUGGGCCAAUCUUUGACUCUUAA